AAUGGCUUUAGAAUGCAAUAAGUUUAUCAUCUUGUUCACGGUUCACGGUUAACUUACAUAUUUCACGAGUUGGUGUCAGCUCAUCAAGUCCAAUAAUUUAUUGCCGUCUGAUUUUCUAUCUGGUUAUUUAUUUGUUAUUAAUUAUUGACGAUUAGCACUUAAUAAAUUAUAUUUGUUGCCCAUAUAUCCAGUCACAUUAUGGGUUUUUAUCACUGCGUUGUGCUGCAGGUCUUCUUGAUGGUAAUGCAGGUUAUCAUUCUUGUCACCCCUGGUGCGAAUGGAAACUCUGUAAAGCCAGAAUUUGUCGAACCUCUAAAAAACAUUACAAUCGGUGAAGGAAGUAAUGUCGAAUUUUCGUGUGCUGUUGCUAAUCUUGGAAGUUUCAGGGUGAUGUGGCUCAAAAAGAAUGAACAAAAGGAAACCUUUGUUGCUGUCAAUUUGCUCAAAAUUACAAAAAAUCCUAGGGUUUCAAUUUCAAUGUUGCAGACCUCAGACGAUGUCACCCAAAGUACGGUUUAUAUUAGAAGCAUCGACAUGGAUUUGGACCAAGGUGUCUACGAAUGCGCAAUCAACACAAACCCAAUGAUCAGUCGGACUGGAACUUUGGUUAUAACGAAAUCAAAGGAAAAGGCUUUCUUAACCACGCCAAACUUGGAACUGAAACCCACAGAAUCCGUGGAAAACGAAAACUCAUUGAAAGUGUAUAAUGAUAGCAAUGUUUGGUCAGAAAAUUUUACGGAAUUGAACGCCACUCAAGAUCAGUUCGACAAUGGCACAGAAACUUUGGACAUGAACAUGACUUCAAGCAGCAAUAUCAGCAGUGGUUCAGACUCGGGAUGUGCUGAAAUGAAAUCAUACUGGGAAGAUGCGACAGAUAAUAUUAAAGCAAUGUUGAAAAAUGUUCUCACAUCGUUAGUAAACUUUACGUGCUCAUUUUUAACAUCGAAUCAAUAAAAUAUUCAAAAAAUGAC